AUGCCAUCGUCUAUUUUGACUCGUAAAAAGCUCCAAUGUUACCUGCAGGAUGUGGGUACAUUUAGUAACCCCAAGCUUCAGCUGGAACAGUAUCCCACUUCUGCGCAGGUAGCCACCGAUAUAUUGUUCAAUAUGCAGACCGUAGAUGGCGCACUUCAAGGGAUGUCUGUUGCAGACCUUGGUUGCGGUCCUGGUGUAUUUUCAAUUGGUGCUUGCUUGCUGGGUGCAAGCUAUGUUUUGGCUGUGGAUGUCGAUGCGGACGCCUUGAACGAUUUGUCCGAAAACCUUGAUGCACAUGACCUGAAACACGGCUGCAUUGAUAUCAUGUUGGCUGAUGUUACUCGCUUGAGCAGAGACGACGGGCGCAAACUAGUCGAUACCGUCAUUCUUAAUCCACCUUUCGGGACACUUGCAUCAAACACAGGCAUUGAUAUGAAAUUCCUGAACGCCGCUCUCUCAAUGGCUCAGUCACACGUCUAUUCGUUGCACAAAUCCACCACACGAUCGUUGUCGUUUGGUUCACUUUGUUCUCCGCAGCACGUGCUAAGGACUGCGGAAGCCACUGGAGCCAAAGCCAAAGUUGUCGCGGAGCUUCGCUUCGAUAUUCCCCGAAUGUACAAACGGCAUAAACAAAACACAGUGGAUAUUCAAGUUGAUCUGGUGCAUGCGUGGUUUUGA